AUGGAGCAGUGGUCUCGGGGAUCCCCUCGAGGCUUAACGUACUGGAUCGGCAAUUCCAACUUUUUACUCUACACCACAAGCCCAAGCGAGCUGAAACCUUGUGCUUCCUUCAUAGGCACAGGUCGAGACGUCGGCCACCGGAGAAGCAGUCAUGUGCCCGUGAUUACUGAAUGGCUCAGAGAAUGCCAUGAGAACCACCCUAAUUGCUCUCCAAGUACCGAUGCAGCACUGCCUACUCGCCUCCUCGACAUUGGCAGUGGAUGCGAAGACCUGGUACAGCUCAUUGAAGUAGCAUCUGGUCAGCGGGGACGUUAUACCGCACUCAGCCAUUGCUGGGGUGGCGGGAUCGACAUCCGGACUACCAAGGGUAACUAUGCAUCCCAGAAGAAGGGACUGCGCUAUUGCGACCUCCCUCUGUCGUUCCAGCACGCAACUACCGUUACGAGGGGACUUGGCAUAAGAUAUCUUUGGAUAGAUGCAUUAUGCAUUAUACAAGACAGUCAAAGCGACUGGGAAAUUGAAUCUGGAAACAUGGGGGCUAUCUACCAACAUGCAUAUCUUGUUAUUGGGGCAGAUAUGUCGUCCAACUCUUUUGGGGGAUUUCUUGAUGUCCAAAGCGGUGGAUACAAUGGCGACGGAUGGCCAAUAGCUACGGUUAAUAACGAUAUUAUAUACGCACGAUCAGAGCAUAGCGGCAACAACAACUACGGCGGUGCUCAUCCUCUUUAUAAUGAGCCACUAUCUGACAGAGCCUGGACCUUACAAGAACAAGUGUUGUCGUCCAGGAUGGUUCAUUUUGCCUCCAAAGAGAUGGUAUGGGAGUCAAAGCACUUCCAGGAUCAUGGUGCUGGAGAGUACCUCGCAGGUCUCUGGCGUGAGGAUCUGCCGAUGGGUCUCCUGUGGGAGUAUAGAGGGGAACGAAGUUCUCGUGUAGUCCCAUAUCGAGCACCAUCGUGGUCUUGGGCUUCCGUCAACCUAGAUGUGCGUCCGUACGACGAGAGUGGCGGAUUUACCGAUCACAACAACACACUCAAGAAGGUCUAUGCCAAGGUCAUCGAAGGGAAGUGUAUUCCGGCUGGAAAUGAUCCCUUAGGGGCAGUUUCGGGCGGCUUACUGAGGGUUUCUGCACCUCUAUUGAAGAUGGAAGAUAGCUUAGAUGUCUUGUCCUUGUUCGACUUUCCCGGUGUCCAAGAAGGGAACUUGUUUUGCCUCUUUAUUGGGGAAGUCACUUGUGGAGCAGGUGGAAGCCCUGUCCGUGGAUUGAUCCUGCUGCAGCUAUUUUAG